AUGAGUAGCGAGUCAGAUGUCGCAAAGCUUCGCGAUAUCAUCGCGAAGUUGGAGCGCGACAAUCAAAAGCUCCAUACGAAGCUGACGGCGAACAACAUUGCGGUGACGCCUGAAUCCUCGAAAAAAUUGGCGCAGCGAGCAUCGUCUUCUGAAGAGCCCAUAAAAAUUAAUCUCGCGGAUUCGUCGCUAAAAACAGCUUCCUCGAAUGAUCAGAAUCAAAUUCCAGAUUUAGUGGAUUGUGUCCCGAAAUCAGCUGCUGACUUGGAUCUUGGAAGUUCUAGCGAGGAAGAGCCAGAAUCCGAUGACAGCGGGCCCAUAGGCAAAGGGGGAUGGAUCAAACCCCCUAAGCUCGAGCACAAGCCAGACUGGCAAGCGAUUUUAACUCGUUUUACUCUGAUGCCCGGUGGCUGGCAGGAUCAAAUGCAUAAGAUGAUGUCGGACGGAACAUGGCCGGAGGAAAAGGCUCCGGAAAUCAAACGGAAACCAACUGUUCCUCUUCCAAACUUCGAAUUGAAUCGAAGGACGAUCCACACCGUCGAAAAUGGGACCUCUCAAAUUCGUUCAAGGUCUCCGCCGCCCCAAGUCGAGCUAACGAGACCGAGCCAAACGAAGCUACGAGAAGAGCGAGCUCGAAGUAUUAGUCCACGGCGCAACGUCUCUACCCGUCAGGUCAGUCCUGGGCGAACUAAUAGUCCGAGAAGGUCGUCACCCAGACGUGCCAGUCCUCGCCGAGAUGUUGGUGAGUUCCGAACUCCACGCCGAGACAGUCCUAGCCGUGCUCUGCCGGAAAACAGAAUCCAGAGCACCCCGAAGAUGCCUCAACCAGAAAUGCUGAUUCUUCCUCCUAACGGCGGAGGCGAUAACUUCGGCACGAUUGUAAAGGGCAAAAUAAAUCUUCCUUCGAUCUCUGCUUCGCCGAUACAGGUACAACUGACGCCUGGACUUGAUCGCACGAGGACGCUGACUAAAAAUCAUGACGCGACCGUCGAUCUCGGCAAGAUUGAUCCUGGCCCUUCGGACAGAACCUUUACGAUCGGACAAAACGAAGAGCCCGUGAAGCCAGUGAAGCCGGCGGUGAAGACAGGUGUUCCUCGCCCAUCUGGAUUGCCGCGAAUGACCGGCCGAUCGCGAAUAGCCAGGCCUUCAAGGAUUGCUCGACCCGUCACGAAGAAGUCUUGA